UACCGUUUCUCGAGUGUUACAAUGAAUCGCUUCGGUGUAAUAGCUGCAGUGGCUGGCGUAGCUUGUCUUCCGGUCGUAUACAGUAAGUUUCGAAGGUAUUUUGCCGGCGGUGUUUGUACAAGCGAAGCAAGAAUGGAAGGCAAGACUGUCCUAAUCACUGGAACCAAUGCUGGCAUUGGGAAGGAAACCGCGAUAGAUUUAGCGAAGCGGGGUGCUCGUGUAAUCCUGGCAUGUCGUGAUUUAAAGAAAGGAGAAGAUGCCUUAAAUGAUGUUGCGAAACAGUCUGGCAGCUCUAAUUUAGUUCUGAAACAUCUUGACCUUUCGUCCCUCGCGUCUGUUCGUAGAUUCGCUGAAGAUAUCAACGAUACCGAGCCGGCGUUACAUGUAUUGAUCAACAAUGCCGGAGUGAUGGUUCCACCUGAGCUUCAGAAGACACAAGAUGGCUUUGAGAUUCAGAUCGGAGUGAACCACUUCGGACACUUCUUACUAACCAAUUUACUACUUGAUUUAAUAAAAUCCUCACAACCUUCUCGCAUCGUCGUGGUGUCGUCUGAGGCGCAUAGAUUGUCAUCAUCAUUCAACUUCGAUAAUAUAAACAGUGAGAUAUAUUACAAAAAGUGGAAUGCAUAUGGACAAAGUAAACUGGCGAAUGUAUUGUUCACAAGAGAGUUGGCAAAACGUUUGGAGGGCACAGGUGUAACAGCUAAUGCACUUCAUCCCGGUGCUGUGAGGACUGAGCUUGGUCGUAAUUUAGGUACAAUCGAGCGAAUUGCAUCGCAAAUUUUGUUUUCUUUGUUUCUAAAAACCCCGGAAGAAGGUGCCCAGACUAAUAUUUAUUUGGCAGUGUCUGAGGAUGUGGAAGGUGUUACUGGCUUGUAUUUUGCUGAUUGUAAAGUCAGGGAGCCAUCGCGGGGAGCUCAAGAUGACGAAGCAGCCAGAAAAUUGUGGCAUAUCAGCACCAAGGCUGUAGGCCUGAAUUGAAUGAAACCUUUUAUGUUGGCGAGUUUUUUAAGUGUAGUAUGUGUGUAGUGUG